AUGUUCUACUCUCAUCAAUUGCUCUCGAGGAAGGCCCCUCUCGGCCAAAUAUGGAUGGCGGCAACCAUGCAGGCGAAGCUCAACCGGAGAAUACUUAGCAAGAUCAACAUCGUCGACAUCUGCGAGCAAAUCCUGAAUCCUGCCAUCCCUCUCGCGCUCCGCCUCUCUGGAAUCCUCAUGGGCGGAGUGGUGAUCGUAUACAACCGGAAGGUGAAGCUUCUCUACGAGGACGUGAACCGAUUCAUGGUCGAGAUCAAUGCGGCAUGGAGGAUUGCCACUGAGAAUAUCGAUCCUACUCUCCUUCCUAAAGGAAAAAGCCAAGCGAAGUACGAAGCAGUAACCAUGAAGAACGACGGAAAGGAAUUGGAAGAGAAUUUUCGUUUCUCCAUGAGAUUGGACGAUUUGGAGCUGCCGGAGACCGGAGGGUGGGACGGGACUCAACCCUACCAAGCUGACCCUACCAACAUCACCUUGCCCGACGAUUUCCCCUCGUACAUAGAGGAUGACGAGCAGUGCCAUACUUUCGACAGGAUCGAUGUGUUCGGCGAAGGAAGCUUUCCCAUCUUUAAUUCCGUUGAUCAAGAUUUCACUCCACCAGAUCUACCGACGACUCUCCGCCCUACUCCUGAAGAGCCAAAAGUUGGCAGCUCUCAGCGGCUGCGAGAGGAAGAAGCACCAAGGAAUCAAGAACAAGAAUAUCAAGAAAAGAACGAGGAGAGACGUGAAAAGGAAAAUCAGAAUGUACAUAUGAACAACACGGAGAUCCCUAGAAGGCCAAAGAAAAGAGCAAGGGGAGCAGCUACUAUAUUCGAUUAUGACAUCACCAUCAUUCCAGGCCAACAGUUCCAGUCUUGGCUUCAGGAUGCAUCCGAUAUACUGUGCACAAGAAGAAGUGACAACUCCAAGAAGAAGAGGAAGACGUCCUCUAUUUAUCGACCAUUCAUCAAAAUCAGCAAGCUCAUGGAAUUACCUAUGACGGGUGUUGUGUACAAGCCGGAUUGUGCGUCUUCAGAGAUUUGGUAUCCGCCUCCGCUUUUAGCGCUCUGGAGAAAAUGUUUGCAGCUACCAACUAGAGAAGUUUCCGAAAAAAGUUCGCUGCCACCACAGCCGUCGUCACCGCCUCCUCGACGCGGUCCACUAUCAUCAUCUCAAUCCUUACACAGAAGAAUCUCACAACAAGAACCAGGAUCUGAUGUUUCCGAGAGGGAGAGACUUCGCGCGGAGGCUCCUCUUCCAUUUGAUGGCAUGUCACUGUGGGAUUCUGGAACCAUGGACAAUGGCUCGGAUAAACACUCCAUUUCCGGAUCACGUCAAACGGAGAAAGAAACAAGAUCAUGGGGGUCGAACUCAUCAUCCAUUGGAAAAGACACCAUGAAAAGAAAAGCACAGUCAUCCGCAAGUGGGCAUAUGAACAGUUUGGAGAAGGUGAUGGAAGACUAUGAUGAAGAAGCCCGAUUUCAGACUGAUUACCGUCUCAAGAGGGUAUCCGAGCAUGGCACCAUGGACUUGGACGUGGAUCACUUGCUGGAGGAGACAGCGCCGACCCAAACGCCAAAGAAAGCACCAGGAAUGCCUGCCCUCUCCGUAUCCAGAGUCACUCACACAAUUGUAUCGCGGUUGAAGGAGCACUUUGACACCCCAGGUGCCAACCCGAUCGAGUCCCUCAACAAUUUGACAUACGGAAUGGAUCGAAAAAAUGCAGCCAAACUGUUCUACCAAACCUGUGUCAUGGCUUCAAAUGGCUUUAUAGUUGCAGAUCAGGGGCAGCCAUACGGAGACAUCCUCAUCUCAAGAGGACCAAACAUGUAA